CCGGGACAGAGGGACAUCUGAGGCCUGCUGAGACUCUCGCUCUUCCUCAUGCUCCCUGGGACGUGACAUUUGAUUCACAGAGCCAGCUGUGGGUCUUACUGGAGAGUGAAGAUGUGAAUGUGCUCAGAGCAGCACUGGAAGCUGUGUGACUCAGAGACUCCUGAACUGAGGAGGGUCACUGAAGCAUUCAAAACUCAGUGGGAUGUCUUUGAAGGUUCUGUGGGACUGGAGAGUCAGUUUAAGCACCUGUAUAAGGUGAACUUCGACAACAUGGCAUCAUAUUUGCAGAAGAAACAGGAAAGACUAGAACAGGAGAGUAAGAAAAGAGCAGCAGCAAAUGCCUCUAAACCCAAUAAAAGAAACAAAACGGAGAGCGGCACUGUGCCUCAAAGCACCAGCUGAGAGAGCGUUCUUGUUUCAAAUCUGCUGUUUUGUCAUGUUUGUAUAAUUAUACAGUUCUUUUUGUUAAUUGACAAUGAUUAUAUGACUUUUUAUUCAUUCAGUAAAGCCUUUCAGUUUAAA